AAAGAGACCUCUCCUCCUCUUACUCCUCACGUUGCACAAUCGCUGCAAUGUUCUUCUCAUCUUCUAUAGAUGGCAGCUCGCCAUUGAGCGUGCUGGCGUUCGUCCUCCUCCCAGCAGCACUUGUCAUCUACACUGCCUCCUUCAUCAUCUACCGCAUCUUCUUCCAUCCACUAUCCAAGUAUCCUGGCCCGCUGCUCGCCAAAGUCACAGAUCUCUACUCGACUUACCACGCUCUACGCGGAGAUCGUCACCUCGAAUUCUACCGCAUCCAUGAGAAAUAUGGCCCCAUCGUGCGAUUCGGGCCCAACAGCCUGUCCUUUAACUCGAACACCGCCCUGAAGGAUAUCUACGGAUUCAAAUCAAACGUCCGCAAAGCUCGAUUCUACGAAGCCUUCUGGGCUACCAAAGACUCCUUCAGCACCCACAGCGCCAUCUCCAAAUCCAUUCACGCUCGGAAACGCAGAGUCCUAAGCCACGCCUUCUCCGACUCAGCGAUAAAAUCGAUGGAGAACCACAUCCUCGCGCACGUCCGCCAAUUCUGCCAAAACCUCGCCGGAACCAACAACACCUCCAACACCCAACUCACAACCUUCGCCUCCGUCCCCACCAACAACCCAGAAUCCAAAGGCUACGGCAACCCAGUCGACAUUUCCGACCAAGCCAACUACCUCACCUUCGACAUAAUGGGCGACCUCUGCUUCGGAAAAUCUUUCUCAAUGCUCGAAAGCCCCCAAAACCGCUUCGCAAUCGACCUCAUAGGCUCCGCCGCGCACCGCCACUUAAUCUGCGGCACCUACCUCCCCAUCCACACUUUCCACCUCGAUAAACUCUUCUUCCGCAAAAUCGCCGCAGGUCGCGCUCGUUAUAUGCAAUACAGUAAAGCCCAAGCCGCCGAACGCAUGAAAAUGGGUUCAGACGUCGAUCGCAAAGAUUUCUUCUAUCAUCUUUUGAAAGCCAAAGAUCCUGAAACGGGGAAAGGAUUCACGACACCGGAACUUUGGGGUGAAUCCAACCUCCUCAUCAUUGCGGGCUCGGAUACGACUUCUACAGCCCUCGCAGCCGCAAUUUUCUACCUCGUUCACAACCCCACCACCCUUGCAACUCUGGCUUCCGAAAUCCGCUCCGCUUUCCAAUACGUCGAAGAAAUCCACAUUUCCCCCCAACUCAACAACCUCACAUACCUCCGCGCCUGCAUCGACGAAGCAAUGCGUCUCUCACCCUCCGUAGGCGGUCUUCUACCAAGAGAAGUCCUGCCAGGAGGCACGACCAUCGACGGCGAACAAAUUCCAGAAGGAACAGUAAUCGGAGUACCACACUAUACGAUUCACCACAACGAAUCCUACUACCCUUCAGCGUUUUCCUUCCUACCCGAACGAUGGAUUUCAGGUUCGCUUCUUCCACAGGAGCAGAAAGUCACAACAGAAGCAGUGAGCACUGCACAGAGUGCUUUCUGUCCUUUCAGUGUUGGGCCAAGAGGUUGUAUUGGAAAAGGCAUGGCAUACAACGAAUUGAUGAUCACAUUGGCGAGGACGGUAUUCAUGUACGAUAUGCGGUUAGCACCAGGAAGUACACUGGGAGAGGGAAACCCAGAAACAAAAGAGUAUGGGAGACAACGGAGAACAGAGUUCCAGUUGAAGGACACAUUUACGAGUAUGAAAGAAGGGCCGCUGGUGCAGUUCAGACCGAGGGAAUUGUCCUCGUAAUUCUCGAUAGUCUAGCGUGCAGAGC